AUGUCUGAAAAAAGUGGAACAGUGUUGGCAACAACAAACGCAAAGGCCCAAUCGAAGGAUCGUGUAAAGAACCAUGACCCGUCUGAAGCAAUCCCUCUCUCUGUUGAGGCUCAGCGCAUCUCAAUAGUACUGAAACAUCGCAUCAGUCAAAUUGAGUUUGUACUAUCUCUACCUGAUAUCUUCGGCUUCAAAAGCGCUUCUAGCGAUGUGGAUGAGAAGUUGAACAGGGCACUUGAAAAGCAUCAACUGUUAGUUGAAAGACUGGAGAGAGAGACACAAGACAGUCUUGAGAAGGAGGCAGAGGGAGAAGAUGGAGAAAAAAGGAAGAAAGCAAAGGUACGGCUUGAGUGGAAGAUCAAGGACUCUGUCAAGGAUCUGCUCAGGUUUCGACAGUUGCAUCCAGAUGCCAUCCCUGUUUUCAUGGCAGGUGUGGAAGCAGGGGAGAUUGAGGAUAAACUUAUCACGGGGCUUAAGAUGUUUCACAGCCAAAUGGUCGACAGGUUGCUGACCAGUGUGCAUGAGGAGCAACAGCUGGUCCUCCACAAGCCGUCAACUUCAUCCACUUCCCAGAGUCAGGGGCACAAGGCUCCAGUGGAGGAAGAGGUAGCUGCAGCCAUAAAGUCAAUAGAUGCAAAGAUUUCUCAGAAAAAUGAGGAGAUCAAAGAUGUGCAGCAAUCUCUGGACAACACAAGAAGUGCAGCACAAAAAGUGUUUAUUUCACCUGAAUAUGGUACGUUUACGCCGGAAAUAUCAGAGAAACAAGCCAGUAUGCAGCAGGAAAUUAAUCGACUGACCAAUCAGAGAGACACUAAACGUCGUGAACACAAGCAGGCAGAGAGAGCGCUUCAAGAGAAAAACGACAUACUGGAAACAGAAAUCGAGUAUUUGCUCCAACAGUUUGACAGUGACAUGGCAGAGAAGCAGGCCGACCUGGAGCUGAAUGAAGCUGACUGUGAAAGGUUGGAGGAGGAGCUGAGGAAGCUGAAGGAACCCUUCUCUAUCCUAGAAAUAGAGUACGACAAGAUCAUAGAGAAGCGUCGGCUGGCAGAGGAGAAGAGACAGGCGGAGAUGAAGGAGCUGAAGCUGAAAACCAGAGCUGCUAUUAUUGCCCAAGCGUGGUGGAGAGGCUUCGUCGUCCGCAGAGACUUGAAGAACAUGGGGAAAAAAAAGGCCAAAAAAGAAAAAGGCAAAAAAGGCAAAGGCAAAAAGAAAUGA